CGUGGCACGCGCAUCGUGGGCUGGCUCUGGUCGUUUUGGUCGGCCUCCGUGCACGUCGCCAACAUCAAAUUAGCUGUCGCGUGCGUCGGUUCUGUCUCGUUGCUUUGCCCCUCCUUCUCUUCCACGGUGCACAAGCGCCCGCAAUUCCCCUUCCCCUUCCCCUUCCCCUUCCCUCUUAAACCAAUCAGACGCUAGAAUCUCCGAUCCAUUCGCCGCCGCCGGGAUCGACCAUGUCGUACGCCUACCUCUUCAAGUACAUCAUCAUCGGCGACACAGGCGUAGGCAAGUCAUGCCUGCUGCUGCAGUUCACCGACAAGAGGUUUCAGCCCGUGCACGACCUCACCAUCGGUGUCGAGUUCGGCGCCCGCAUGAUCACCAUCGACAACAAGCCCAUCAAGCUCCAGAUUUGGGACACGGCUGGCCAAGAAUCAUUCAGAUCUAUAACAAGAUCAUACUACAGAGGUGCUGCUGGUGCUCUUUUGGUUUAUGAUAUCACCAGGAGGGAAACUUUUAACCAUCUUGCGAGCUGGCUAGAAGAUGCAAGACAGCACGCAAAUGCCAAUAUGACAGUGAUGCUAAUUGGAAACAAAUGUGAUCUGUCUCAUAGACGGGCUGUCAGCUAUGAGGAGGGUGAACAGUUCGCCAAGGAGCAUGGUCUAGUCUUUAUGGAGGCAUCUGCAAAAACAGCACAAAAUGUUGAGGAGGCAUUCAUUAAGACGGCUGGAACAAUAUACAAGAAAAUCCAAGAUGGUGUUUUUGAUGUAUCUAAUGAGUCCUACGGUAUCAAAGUUGGGUAUGCUGUCCCCAAUGCAUCUGGAGGUGGUGCUGGCUCGUCCUCUCAAGCAGGCGGCUGCUGCAGUUAAGCAAGUUGACGACCAAGUCCUAUCAUGUGAGACAGAGAACAGCUGCCCAGGUUGUUGUCGUUCCUUCAGCCGUUGACGGUGUAAUCAGUGAGCAAAUGUUCAUCAAUGGUACUUGUCUACACUUGUGCAAUCUUUCCGUAAAGCAAACAUCUAUAGUUUCUGUCCAUCUGUGUCUGUAACUAAAUGAAAUGGUGUGGAUAUUCAUUUGUUCGAUGUAAUAAUGCUUUGUAGACUACCGA